AGAGGUGGUGUGCGGUCGUUCACAACACUCACCCACAGCGUCACUAGCCAGUGAAGAGAAGUUUGUGGGUUUUUUUUUUCUCCGGUUUGUUUUUGCACCCAUCAUGGCUGACCACCCUUUACAUUACAACGACUCUGCUGGGGUUGGGAACCGCUUCGCCCGCAAAGGUGCUUUGCGGCAGAAAAAUGUGCACGAAGUGAAAAACCACAAAUUUACUGCGAGGUUUUUCAAGCAGCCGACGUUCUGCAGCCACUGCACAGACUUCAUAUGGGGAUUUGGAAAACAAGGAUUCCAAUGCCAAGUGUGUUGUUUUGUGGUUCACAAACGCUGCCAUGAGUUUGUCACCUUCUCCUGUCCUGGAGCCGACAAAGGUCCUGACACAGACGACCCCAGAAGCAAGCACAAGUUCAAGAUCCACUCGUACGGCAGUCCCACCUUCUGUGACCACUGUGGUUCUCUGCUGUACGGACUCAUCCACCAAGGGAUGAAAUGUGACACCUGCGACAUGAACGUGCACAAGCAGUGUGUGGUCAACGUGCCGAGCCUGUGUGGCAUGGACCACACCGAGCGCCGGGGUCGUCUCUUCCUCAAGAUUGAGGUCAGCGGGGACAGGCUACACGUCACAGUGGGUGAAGCCAGGAACCUGAUUCCCAUGGAUCCAAACGGUUUAUCAGACCCAUAUGUUAAACUCAAGCUCAUCCCCGACCCAAAGAACGAAACCAAACAGAAGACCAGGACCAUCCGUUCAUCUCUGAACCCCUGCUGGAAUGAAUCCUUCACCUUUAAGCUAAAGGCAUCGGACAAGGACCGCCGUCUGUCCAUUGAGAUCUGGGACUGGGACCGGACCACCAGGAAUGACUUCAUGGGCUCCAUGUCGUUCGGAGUGUCUGAGCUCAUCAAAGCGCCAACAUGUGGAUGGUACAAGUUGCUGAACCAGGAGGAGGGAGAGUACUACAACGUUCCCAUUCCCGAGGUGGACGACGUCAACCUGGAGCUCCGACAGAAGUUUGAGGCCUGCCAGUUAAACAUCCACUAUCUCAAGAAAGCCAAGCUGGGUCAUGGUAAGAAAGUGAUCACACCAUCAGACCACCGACGGUUUAGUCUGCCUUCAGGUAACAUGGACCGGGUCCGACUAAAUGACUUCAACUUCCUGGCCCUGCUGGGAAAGGGGAGCUUUGGCAAGGUGAUGUUGGCAGAGAUGAAGUCCACGGAGGAGCUGUACGCCAUCAAGAUCCUGAAGAAGGACGUGGUGAUCCAGGAUGACGACGUGGAAUGCACGAUGGUGGAGAAGAGAGUUUUGGCCCAGAGAGACAAACCGCCGUUUCUCACACAGCUCCACUCUUGCUUCCAGACCGUGGAUCGUCUGUAUUUCGUGAUGGAGUACAUUAACGGAGGAGACCUCAUGUAUCACAUCCAGCGAAUGGGCAAGUUCAAGGAGCCACAGGCAGUGUUUUAUGCUGCAGAGAUCGCUGUCGGUUUGUUCUUCCUGCACCGGAAAGGAAUCAUCUACAGAGACCUGAAGCUUGACAAUGUGAUGCUGGACUCAGAGGGCCAUAUCAAGAUCGCUGACUUUGGCAUGUGUAAGGAGAACAUGUAUGAAGGCAUGAUCACGCGCACCUUCUGUGGCACACCAGACUACAUCGCACCAGAGAUUAUAGCAUAUCAGCCCUAUGGAAAAUCAGUCGACUGGUGGGCUUAUGGAGUUCUUCUGUAUGAGAUGCUGGCAGGACAGCCACCAUUUGACGGAGAAGAUGAGGAUGAGCUCUUCCAGUCCAUCAUGGAGCACAAUGUUUCGUACCCCAAGUCCAUGUCAAAAGAAGCCGUGUCCAUCUGCAAGGGACUGAUGACCAAGCACCCGUCAAAGCGUCUCGGCUGUGGCCCGGAGGGUGAGAGGGACGUCAGAGAGCAGGCCUUCUUUAGACGCAUCGACUGGGAUCGCCUGGCCAACAGAGAGAUUCAGCCGCCGUUUAAGCCCAAAGUGUGCGGCAAAGGUGCCGAGAACUUUGACAAGUUUUUCACGCGCACGCAGCCUGUGCUGACUCCUCCCGACCAGCUCGUCAUCGCCAACAUCGACCAGAGCGAGUUUGCCGGCUUCUCGUACAUGAACCCUCAGUUCAUCCACCCGUCGCUGCACAGCGUGGUAUGAAAAGGGCGUUCAAACAUUUGAAAAAAAAAAAAAAGACAUGGACCGUCGGUGAAUACAGGACAUUUUUUCCAGUCUCCAACAAACUGUCCACAAGCUCUUUCUCUAGUGUUCUGUCUACUAGUUAUCCGUGUCUGUGUAAGUAAAUGCCCGAGGAGACGUAAGAAGAAGAAGAAGAAGAAGAUGUUUAAAACGACGUUAAGUACAAUCCGAAGAGAGGAAAAAGUCCAUGAAACUAUUUUUCUAUCAUUUCCCCAAACAUCUCAUCGUACAUUCCGCAUUCUGAAUUUCUAUCUGUUUCUCUAAAACCUACAGCCGUUUCUUUUUUAACCGUGUAUGAAUGUGUGAGUCUCAUAACCUCCCCUGUCCUACGAUACAGCACAAGAUGAACUGAACAUAUUUUUCUGCUCUGUCCCGACUUUAUCUACGCGUGUAUAUUAUAUUUAUAUACUCAAAAAAAAAAGAAGAGGUAGUAAACUGUUACACGAGUGCCAAAGUAGAGGUGGAAGUUCUUGUAAUGUGUGUGUGUGUGUGUCCACCCCCCACCGGCCUUUCUCCCAAAACCCAUGAACCGCGACCGUCUGUAUCUGUUGUUUUGUGGGACGUGAAACUAGAUUAUAAUCCAGUUCAACAUAGACAAACGGAUGCACUUGCAAGCUGUGUAUGCCCAUUUUGGUGCAGUGUUGGGAGAACGCAGUAUAUAGGGUCAGAAAACUGGAAGAGACCGUAUUUUUAAAGUAUAUAGUCCAUUUUCCAUAUGCACAAAGCAGAUCUCUGUUGCAUGCUUCUUUUCUGACUCUGUAGACUCUAGGACGCAGUACACAUCUAGUGUCAUUGUGAAAUGUGUUAUUAUGACGUAAGCUAUGUUAAUUGUUGUUUGUUUUGGGGGAGUCCAAAUCCCAGAAGAAGCUCCUAAUUGUGAAGACAAAGAGUUUUGCUCCUGUUUUUAUGUUUCGCUUUCACUCAGCAUUUACGUCCUAGCGUAUGUCAACCUUUUUUUUCUUUCUUUUUUUUUUGCUGUAAAUAUGUUUUGGAAAAAGAGUUACUUGCAGAUUUUAUACAAAAAAAAAAAACUGAAUGUGCUUUUAUUACCAUAGACAAUUUUAACAUUUCUAUGUUUAGAUUAUCCCUAAGAAAAGAUCUAUAUAUAUAUAUAUGUCUAUAUAUAUAUUUAUUUGGCUGAAUCUUUGGUAGCUUUGGUAUCAGCAAACCUAUGUAUUUCCACUAUUUAUCCAUUAUUUUCUACUCCGUGUCAUAUAGAGAUAUGCAGCACCUACUGUGAGUGAAACAUUUGAAUGCGCUCUUGCCUUGGUCGUCUCAGGACUGAAUCCCCUCUGUAACUGAAUUCAAAGCUAAGUGAAUAAUAUGAGGAUU